AGUAUUCAAAUGUAGCUAUGCAUUUAUGCUGUCUAUUCCUCCUGUGUUUAUGUGCAAGCCAUAUAAUCUGUGGUGAAGCAAAGGGUGUUUAUGAAGAUACAAUAAAUUUAGUGAAUUCAUUUUAUGAAUCCAAGGGCAUUUCGCUUCUGACGGCAUAUGUAUGUUGGGGAGAAUAUGAACGUAAGCUGGUUCGCAGUCUGGCAUAUUCAGGGAUUCGUGCGAACCUGGCUCCAGUGCCGACAGCACUGCUCUCUAUACUACAGCAGGACAGCUACUACAGAGUGGGAGUGCUGGUUGAUCUAGCAUGCAGGAACUCCAGGGACGCUUUGUUUGAGGCAUCAUCGAAGAAGCUGUUUAACCUGCAAAAGUUCUGGCUGCUCCUGGAGAGUGGUUGCCUGUCUGAGGAUGCUGCUGUCCUGCAGGACAAUAAUACAAACUAUGAUGUGGUGUACAGUGUGGACAAAAAUGUGGAGAGUCAUUUCAACACCAACUUUACAUACAGCCUGUCCAAGUUUGGGAAAACUGUCCUCUCCAACCUAAGAAUUCUUGCAGAUUGUGAAGUCACGUGGGUGCAACUGAAUGGAGGAACAAGGCAGUCAGAGGAGUUACAAGUUAGUCACAGGAAUAUGCAAUCACCACUUAAUUUAUUAACAAAUGGCACCAUGGUUGAACCGGAUGUCUUAUUGUUGGACGUAUACAAGACAAGCACUGUCCAGCCUUUGAAUGUUUCUAUCUCAGGAGUAGCUUUCCUGUCAAAUGAAGAAGAGGAUGAAUGCUUCAGGGUUUUAUUUGCCAGAAGAGCUCCCAUAACACGAAGAAGAGUUGACCUGCAUGGUGCACACUUCAAGACAGCUACAGUGAUCUUAUUUCCUGACCAGUUUACUGACUGGGAUGACUUGAAUUUACGCCAUGUCGACAAAUGGUCAAAGAUACAUUGGCCAAUAUUUGGAUACCUGAGAGACCAACUGAACUUCAGUUUCGAGAUUACACACCAAUUGGACAGCUAUGGCUGGCUCACCAAUGGAACGUUUAAUGGUGUGAUGGGAUAUCUGCAGCGUGAAGAGAUUGAGUUUCCAACAACGGGUAUUUUUGUUCGUCAGGAUCGAAUUGGAGUGACCAGUUAUGCUGCACCAACAUUCCCUCUCAGGGCUACAACAAUAUUUCGGCAGCCAAGUCUGUCCACAGUGAGCAACAUCUUCAUCCUCCCAUUUGAUAAGUCAGUGUGGCUAUGCUGCAUUGCUCUCUGUCUCUCUUCUGUCUUCACUCUGGGGAUACAGAUCAUUUGGAUGGAGGGGCAACACAUUGAGCAGGAUAUGGUGCAUGCAAGUUGGUCUGACAUGUUUACGCUUGUGCUUGGAGCCAUCUGCCAACAAGGUUAUCAUGUUACACCAACUUCUCUGGCAGGGAGGAUCACAGUGUUUUUUCUCACACUGUCUUCACUGUUCCUGUUCACGUCAUAUUCUGCCAACAUUGUGGCACUGCUACAGACACCCAGCACGUUCUUCAAGACGAUACAUGACCUAACCAACAGUCCCAUGAUUAUUAGAGUGGAGAAUCAGACUUACAAUGGUGUCUUUAUGAAGGAAACCACAGACCCCGAACUUCGGGAGUUCUAUCGUUGCAAGAUUGAACCUCUGGGAGAGAAAGCAUACCAGCAUGCAGAAGUCGGCAUGGCUGACAUAAAGAAGCCAAUGCAUGCCUUCCAGGUGGACUCUGCUUUUGCAUACAAGUUCAUGAGUGAGACAUAUGAGGAGCAUGAAAAGUGUGAUCUUAAAGAAAUCAACCUGUUUCCAGCACCAAUGUGCACCAUUGCUACUACCAAAGGUUCAUUUCUCAGAGAGUACUUCAGCCAAAGGGUGGUCUGGUAUCGAAAUGUUGGGCUUCUAGAUCGGCUAUUCAAAAUUUGGAUGCCACAGAAAGCAAAAUGUGUUAGUAAUGCAGGAGGUUUUGUGAGUGUCGGUAUGAUAGAAUUUUACCCAGCAAUGAUGGUGCUUCAAUAUGGCACUGCUCUCGCAGUGGUAAUCCUGCUCCUGGAAGUCUUGUACUUCCACAGAUCUCUCAUCAUUUCCAAGUUUUGCUUUAUUCUGCACCAAAAACAUGUACAUCGCUAAAGGAACCUUCUACAACAGAUCCCAAUAUAAUAAAACCAAAGAUAUUCUGGAAUCAGUGAAACUGGAUCAAAUAAUUUCCAGUUCAUAAUUCAGAACAUUUAUCCUAGUUCCUGAUUGGAAAUGUAUACCAUUUUCUAAAAUAAUACAGUAUAUAUGUAUCAGUUAACAUGUAGUUUCCAUGCUAUCUGCAUAAUAUCUGAAAAGCAUGUUGAAAAAGAUGAGAUUAUGAUGACAGUUAUAAUUUAAUAUUAAUGUAUUGCCAAUACACAUUAUAAAGCAGCUGCAAUCACGAAAUAUCACGCAUGUGGAAUUUAGCAUAUAAAAUUACACGAACAAUAUAUUAGAAUACGUUAGCAUAAGAACAGUAUGUUUACCUGAAUGGAAGAUAAUUCUGCACGUGAGUAUGCACAUAGAAGGUAGUUUUAUGAAUUAAUUUCAUGCCCUUACUCCAAAUGUGUGACUAAAAUUAAACAUUAGAAAACAUGUUACAAGUGUUCUUUAUUGAGUCAGUUAUUUGUUGAAGCCAUAGGUCUUCAUUCAGCCUCACCAUUCUCACUCUGUUUACCGUUCUAAUUAUCUGUCUCAGCUCCUGUGUCUUCACAAUUCCCAUCUUUUACCUUACAUUCACUUUUCAUACUCUCAUGUUCAUUGUAAACAUUCCAGACUUCAUCCUCAACCUUCCAUCAACCAUUGCAUCACUUUCACCCAUUCUUAAAUACUCUGCUCAUUACUUCUGGAGAGAUCUAUAGCCAUGGUCCUCAUUCACUGUCGCAGCAGUUCUACACUGGGUUUCUUCACUGUCCAAACUGGGGUCAGAACAUGGUCCCUUGCCAAGAGCUGUUUGGAAUACAGUUGUUUCAAAUUAUCAUUUGAAGGUAUGGGUGUAAAGAAAACUGGAAUUUCUCAGAAGAACUAAUUGCUUGCCUUUCUUUGAUACGACAUGAACUGCAUAGAAAAUGGAAUGUGCUUGCUGAGCUGUUGCAGCAGUAGGAGGAUAUACAGAGAGACCCACAGACUCUCCUUAGAUGCGACAGACUACACAGAAAACAAUGCAUCCAACAAUUCUGUUGUUGAGUGCAUUCCUUGCCACAGGAAUAAGUUUACAGAGCUGUUGCCUAGCAACAAUGGGGGGGAUGCACAUAAGACACACCUACUGAUGGGAGGGAUUUAUGAGGUACACAUGAGCUCAGGUGCCAUAACAUAUGUACCAACUUUCAUUAAGAUUGUUUCAGGCAUUCAAAAGUUUAUAGUGGGGGCUACACAUACAGGCGCACACAGAUACAUCAAGAGCAAGGUGAUCUCAUAAGCCUACUUUUAUUUUUUCAAAAUGAGUAAAAUAGGUUAAAGAAGAAAGGAAGAGAUUUGAUUCAUAACAGUGGUGAUGGUUUUUAUCUAGAAGAGAGUAAGGAUCAUUCAUCCUAAUCAUCACUUGGCAUAAUCUGUAAACUGAUAUCCUUUAUUUCUUUAUGUUUCCUAACUAGCGCAAACCAUUCAUUUUCUUCAUGGGACCUAUAUCCAUUGAACAUCCAAGUAUUAGUACAACCAAGCUGGAUUCUUACGUCCCUUUUGUGUACACUUGAGGGUGGGAUGCAUACACUAGGUAUUUAUGGGGGAUAAUCUUAUUCAAUUCUCAGAAUGAGUGAUUCUUACUUCACUUGAUCCCUCCUACUAGUCUGAACCAAGACUAUUAUAGGCAGAGUUUUAUACUGCCCUUGUGCUUCAGGGCACUGAAUCCUGUAGCUACUCCUGCAGCUAAUGUCACAACCACUUUAAUAAUAAUAAUAUGCAAUAAUUUGCCUCUUUGUGAGCAGUAUCUUUUAAUAAUAUGAAGGGAAAGGUAAAGGAACAAGACAUGUUAAAGGACACAAAAGAUUUGAGCCAACAUUUUUGUAACACUAAUACUCUUAGAAACAAUAAGAGUUACAAUUACCAGGCAGAACAUUGCUACAAAUUGCUUUGGUGAAGGGAUGGGUUUAUCCACAAGACUUUGUAAUUGAUCAUUACCUUUCGGCAUCAUUCUUAAAUAUUACCAGCCACAACAUAAAUUUUAAUUUUUAUUAAUAUUUAGGACUUAAUAACAUUUUUGUACUAAAAGUGACUUAUACUGUUUUGCAGUAACUAUUUUGAGAAUAUGUAGCAAUGAAUGUUUAGAUAAGGACUACUGAAACUCGAGACAAUCCCAUGAUAACUGGCAUGGUAUGUGUAUCAGUUACUCCUCCAACCAGCCAAACUAAAGAAACUUCCAGAACAUUCUCAAUCUGUAAAACAGAGUGGAUAUUUCAAGAAAGAUCUCAAUGUGGAAGGUUCUGGAAGUAUUAUGUCAUUCAAGAGUAUUUAAAGGUUGAUUUUGGAUGGCGCUGGUAUUGUUUGCAUUGCUGAGGCUCGCUGGCUAGUGGUGAACAGUACAGUUUUGUACCAGAGAAGUUGUGAAAACAGUCUCCUUCAUCUAGAAGAAUAUGUCAGUGCUGUAACCAAAUAUCAACCUAGAAGGGCUGAUUUGUGUAAUAUCGUGUAGUGCUGUUAAAAAUAAUAUAAGAUCCUUGUUUCACUAGUACAGUGUGGUCCAGUGACUUCUUCAGUGAACCCUCUCUCAUAAGAGCAAGGCCCAUUAAGCUGAGUGGGAUCCUCAUGCUCACACUCUAAACAAUAUUCCUGUUUCCAUCCAUACAUCACUCCCAGUAUUUUCGACAUGGUUGUGAGAUCACGUGGCACUCAACUAUAGACAAGGAGUAGGCACAAUAGAUCACUCUGGUUGCGGUGCAAGGGCCAAGAAGGCCCACCCCUUAAACAUUCAUUCAUUCAUAGACAAGGAGUGGGUGGGAAGGAAGAAGACAAAAGAAGAGGGUGUUAGAAAGUGGCUUUGCUACCGUGUGGCUAUGCAAAAGGAAAUGGUUAAAAAUUGUUAAGUUCUUUAAUUGUGUGAAGCUUAGCUAUUGUGGUUUGUUUAGUGAACAUGUGUAAAGAAGAAAUUUAAUUCACUGAUGUUUCAAUAAAACAGUGCAAGUAUAUGAACAUAAUAAGAAUAAGGGCAAAUACAUUCUCAGAUGCUGGGAAGAAAAAUGUUUACAGCUGAAGGGUAGCAAUUGAAAAAAACUUCUAAAUUAAUUCUUCAAUAAUCAUGUUCAGAAUAUUUAAAUAUUGUAGAUGCCUCAGAACCAAAAUUCCAUACAAGGUAAUACUCGAGACAUGGAUGACCAAGAGGCAGAUUAAGUAAAUCAUAAAUGUAAAUGUUAAAGGUAUUUUGUAUUUUACAAAAUAAAAGAGCUUUCACGUGACCUCUUAACAUCAUCCUGAAUCUCACUUUUGUUCAUUAUGAAAAUGCAGCAUUAUCACAUUUAUGUAUACAGUGGAAA